AUUUGUUCGACUACAAUAUGAUAAAACAAGGAGUGAAACCCAGUGGAAACUACGUCGUAUUAAAGAGUUAAAUUCCUUUGUAACAUUGACGCAUUUCAAUAUUUCCAGCGAUCUCCGGCCAACAGAGCCCGCCAUGAGUGAAGACUGGAGACGAAGAUCGUUGCCUUCUCUGCUGUUAUUCUUCUCCGUUUCUCUACAAUUCCUCUCCGCCUUGUCUGAUGACUCUUCGAAUUCAAAAAAGGGGAACCAAGCUGAAAGUCAUGCUACUUCAAGUAGUAAAACUGGGGCCAAGAUUCUAAUUGUUUUACUUGCAAUUGUGGCUGUGGGUUUGUUUUCUUUUUUCCUUUUCAAGCUAUGGCAAAAGAAGAAAAGAGAAGAGCAGUAUGCCCGUCUUUUGAAGUUGUUUGAAGAGGAUGAUGAGCUUGAGGUUGAACUUGGCCUCCGAGACUGACGGGUAUCAUCUGUAGAAACCAUUUUCCUUAUAUCAGGUUUAAGUGCCAUGCCAUAUUCGGGAAACAUAUACCACUGUGGUGAGAUUAGGUAUUGUGCAAUUAUAUUCAAAUGAAAAUAUUAUUGUGAAUUUAAUUUCCUCUUGUUAAAAAAGGGAAAACACCAUUUGUAUGCUAUGUUUUGGGGGGCUUAUUCAGAUCGCGUAAAAAUACACUCGGUGUCCAUUUACAUGUGUAAAAAUAUUUAAUAUUUUGGUGCUUUGAUUCUUUGAAGAAGUGUUAAACUGAAGGUUAUCUUGGUGUGCCUUGAAGAUGUUUAAAAGGCAAAUGCCCAUGAUUUAUUUGCUUGAAUAAAAGAUGAAAUAUGACUCUUGUUAAAA